UACGGGGCUAAAGCGCUGGACAGGGUCCUCUCCACUAUCCUCAGCCACACGGAGAACAGAGUUCCUGUGCCCAAGAGCUAUGACAGAGGGGAGGCCGCGUUCUUCCACGAAAUGAAGCAAGGUCUCAUCUCUGUGGGGAUCUGCUGCAAUCAGCUGAAGUAUGGCACAGUCUCGGUGGAGAAAGACUGCUCCAUCACCAAGUUCCUGAACCGCAUCCUGGGUCUGGAGGUGGACAAGCAGAACAUGCUCUUCCAGUAUUUUUCUGACACCUUUGACUACCUGAUUGAAAAGGACAAGAAGGAGGGCAAAUACGACAUGGGCAUCCUGGAUUUAGCCCCAGGAGUGGAUGAGAUCUAUGAGGAGAGCAAGGAGGUCUUCCUGACCCCUGGGCACCCGCAGGAUGGGCAGGUCGUGUUCUAUAAGAUCAGUGUUGACAGAGGCUUGAAGUGGGAGGAGGCUUAUGAGAAGUCGCUCAAACUGACAGGAUCCUUCGAUGGGUUCUACCUCUCCUACAAGAUGCGAGGCUGCAAACACACCUGUCUGCUGGCAGAGCAGAGCCACGGGAAGAACUUCAUCCUCUACAAGCCAAACAUCGGGAAGCAAAGCCAGCCGGAGAGCCUGGACAGUCUGCAGAAGAAGUACCGGCGGGUGCUGCCCGAGGAAGCCAAGGAGCACUGGGAGAGCAGCUACGACUUCUCCUUGAAGAAGUGCAACCACGCUGUCUGGAACAAGAGCUGCAAGCUGAUCCAGGAGGGGAAGGAGUGCUUCCAGGGCAUGCGCCUGCGCCACUACUACAUGCUGUGCGGGGCCCUGCUGCGGGUCUGGAGCAAGAUCGCCAGCAUCAUGGCAGACAUCACCAACACCAGCUACCUGCAGAUCGUCCGCCUCAAGACCAAGGAGAAGAGGAAACAAGUCGGGAUAAAGAUCCCCGAGAGCUGCGUCCGUAAGGUGCUGGAGGAGCUGAAGCAGAUGGACGAGAACGUGAAGCGAAAGCACAACCGGCUCCUCCAGGCCCAAGAGCAGAGCCCGCAGUUCUCCCUGCCGCUGCCCAUCCUGUCACAGCCCCUCGACCUCACGCAGAUGGGACCCGGGGUCCCCCCGCCCAGGCACUCCCUGCGCCAGGACGAAAUCCUGGACUUGACCUACAGCCCUCCCACCGACAGCAUUCCCGACGUGGUGAUGAACCCAGAGCACAGCGCCUUGUGCUUCGCCUCGGAGCCCAUUCUCCAGCCGCCCCAGCAGCACGGGUUGCCCUUCAGCUUCAGCCACCCUUCUGCCUUCAAGAGCCCGGCCCCCGUCCUGGAGGGCAGCCUGCCCCUGAGCUCCCCGCUGCUUGAGCACCUGCCCCUGCCGCACCCGGGACCCUUGCAGACACCGCAGCACCAGGAGGAUUUUGUCCAACAGGACGGGAAUAUCAACUUUAGAGAGAUCCUGGAGGACAUGCUGAGGACGUUGAAUGGGGCCCCCCAGGAGAACCUGCUCCCCCAGGAGCGCCAGAGCGUGAUCCAGUUCAGUGGGCCUUUCCCAGACUGCUGA